GUGGUCUGUACUAUUACUGUCGGGGGGGAUAAGGGCUCUGGCGUCUGUACCAUUGCUGUUGGGUGUGGUGGAAUGAAUCUCUGUGGUCUGUACCAUCCCUUCUGCCCCUUUGAUUUCUGCUCAUGAGACAUUACUGCCAUCCCAGGGGUCUGCCUGCUGUAUAUUUAUCAUGCCAGAAGCUGACAGCAUCCAGGACAAGCUGAAUCAUUCAAUGGUUACCAGGCAGAAGGGAGCCAUCUGGCCUUUAAGGGCCAAUCUGAGUUAUCUGCAAGAGAGACCCUACAGGGAGCCCUUCAGCAGUUGUAGAAUCUGUCCUGACCCAGGGAAAGUUGGAAAUGUAAGAUAACUGGCAGUUACAAGACAUGGAAUACUAACAGAGAUGCCUUGGAUUCUUCAACUUCUGGCACCAUACUUCUCAAAUGUUUCUGACAAAGCAUCAUGAAGAGAGCUUCUCAAGAGAGACAUAACAUGCUUGGCAGAAGGACUGUCGACAUAUGUUCAAGCAUCUCAAGCUGAAAACUGUCCCCUGCAGGAUCUGAGGAAGAGACUCGGGUUCAGGGGUGCGUAAUAACAUGUGUGAAGAGGUUGAUGACAAAAUCUCUUGAAGGCUUUCCUGCCUUGAUAAGGGAUACUUUCAGAUGGCCUUACCGAGAAGAGCUUGGUAUCUCGAGGGGUAAAUCUUUGAAGGAAAGCAAGUCCUUGUUCACCAGGUCAUGUUGUCACAGCUACACCAAGGGCUGAUUAGUGACUGAUUAUUUCUCCAAAUUUCCACCUGUCAAAGAGAUCAGGGACAUCCCAGCAGACAAACUGAGUGCUACAUUCAGUCAGAGAUAGUAAGAACUGCUGAUGCUGGAGUCAGAGAUAACACAGUGUGGAGCUGGAGGAACACAGCAGGCCACGCAGCAUCAGAGGAGCAGAAAAUGCCUUAAGAAGUGUCCCGACCCGAAACGUCAAGUUUCCUACGCCAAAUUCAGUCUGCUCAAUGCACCUGGAGAAAUAAUUUCUCACAAUGGGCCACAGUUUCCAAGAAGAUCUUUCAGCAUGACAUGUUUCAAAUGGAGUGUGAGCCAUGUGACAUCCUCUCCACAUUACCCUAGAUCAAAGGGUCCCUCCAAGUGAUAGUUCACACUGUUCAGUCACCUGUCCUGAAGUGUAGGACAAUGAAACAAGACUUUGUAUAGGCCCAUGUGACAUCUCUGAGUUACCCCUCUGGAUAUGGGGUUACCAUCGCCAGCAGAGAUCAUCUUUACGAAGCAAGAUUUUGCCCAAGUCGAUCCAAAUUCUUCAACACACCCAGAUGCCAACAGUGUGACGGAACACCAGGAAAGCAAUCAAUAGACUGACAACAUGACUACAGGCCAGCUGAGGCCUGUCCGUGUCAUAAGGACCUUUCACGUUUGGACAAGGUAUUUGUGAUGCUGGAAGACUCCCAAAUGCGUCAGAACAUGCUCCUGCACUCUGUCAACGAGGUCCUGGCUGCUGAACUGCGUGCGAUGCGCUCCGAGGUGCAGCAGGCACUGGCUGGGGGCACUGAGGCCUGUAGGCAUGCCCACCAUCACCAGAAGGACACAGGGAGUGUCCGGUUUACCAAACUGUUGGAACUGGCACGUGAGGGUGCAGUCAAAUGGCAGCUGGAGCACACCAAAAAGCUGCAGGAGGUCUUCCUCUCGGUGAUGGGCCUAUACGACAGGCUUGGGACGCUAGACAAGCACCUGGCGAAGUCAGAAACCAGCAAGGCAAUGUCAGGCGAGCAGAGCAUGUGCACAUCACUAAUCGAGGAGCUGCAGCAAACUAGAGACGGGUUGCUGACCGUGAGAGCUCAGGGGCCUACUCCACACUCAGAGACUCACAGCCAGGAAACUCCAGGAGGGUGCCAGAGGGCAUUGACAUUUCCUGCUCACCUGAAGGGAACACAGGCCAACAUUCUCCCUGUGGAUAACUGCAACUUCCUCGCCUUCACUGCCUGCAUCUGGGCAAAUCCAAGCAGGGCAAUGGAGGAAGCAGUGCUCUUCUCCUACUGCACUGAAGAAAAUGGCACCGGAUUCCAGCUCUACCUCAGCCAAGGCUCAGUGUGGUUCACAGUGGACUCUGUGGAAGUACACACUCAGACAGGCCUCUGGGGAAAGUGGACACACUACUGCGGGAUCUGGGAUGGUGGCUCUGGGAACAUCACGCUGGUAGCCAAUGGUCAGGUGAUGGCUUCACGCAGCCUGACCGCCCGGCUACGCACAAUCCCUGGUGGAGGAGCUGUACAGCUGGGCCAUGUGAGCACCAAAUGCCAGGUGGGCGAAAACAGCAAGGUACCCACUGCAUUUAGUGGAAAACUGACUGGCUUUAACCUGUGGGACGCAGCCAUCACAGAGAUGAAGGUCAGCCUUUUGGUGCAAAACAAUGGGUGUGACUUCAAAGGGAACAUGGUGGGGUGGGAUGUUUCUCCAAUAACUGUGGGGGCUGGUGUGCUGAUCCAGUAGAGAAACAUUCCGUUCCACUCCUUAACAGAACUUCAUGUCACAGAUUCAGAAAAAGAAAUCCCUCCCUCCAAAAGAAAACUGAACUAUGUUAAUUCCUUACAGCAGACAUUUUAUUAAAUGAAAAAUGGUCUUGCAUCUGGUCAAGCAGCCAUUUUGAAAACUCCAUUUCAUUUGGUGCCUGGCCUAUCCUAUAUUGCAAAACCAGUCAUACACCACACAACAAAAAAACAGCUUAAACAUUAAACAGAGGUUUUGAGUCAAGCAGCUGACAUGCAGUCAGAAAGUAUCACAGAUUGCACUUGCUUGGGGUGCCAUUUUUAACGGGACUCCUUCAUUGCACCAUGUUCCGUCUGGCUACCCAGGGUCUGCAGUGAAAUCUAUUCAUGGACACACUACCCGGUUUGUGAAGAUAGAAACCGGAAACGGAUGUUUAUUGUCCCCCAUCCCAAAUGAUUUGGUGCCCCCUUCAGGUGAGUAAUUUUGAUGCAAUGGGGAUUUCUUUUAUAUAUACACAAUAUUCUUACAAACUAGCAUAACAAAUAAACAUUUUGCUUUUUAACAUAACAGGAUACAAAGUUUCCCAAUUUAGAGCUUUGUGUAGUUGAAGUUAUGCAUGUUUAAGCCUAUCUACAUAAAUGCAUUGUGGAUUUUCUGUCAGAAGUAGGAUAUUACUGCAAGAAGCUGAUUUACAGAAACUGGACCCAACUGAUUCAUGCCCCUAACUCAAUCGAUACUAUUCCCCCAACCACUUGGAGCGACUUCCAUAUUGCCCCCACUCACUGGGUGUUGAAUUCCUGAUGGAAUUUCUUGGUGACAAUUUUUAUUGAUUGUCCGAAGCUCUAGUCGCCCCUUGAGGAAACAUCUUCUCUACGUUCAUCCUUUGUCACUUUGCCUUCAUAAUGUUUGUCACCUCCAACAGGUCACCCCCUCAGCUACAGAAAUAAGCCCCACCAUGUCAGGUGAUCACUUAGUGGUAAUGCCAACAGACUAGCAACCCAAAGACAGGCUAAUGCUCUGGGGACAUGUGUUCAAAUCCUACCAUGGCAUCUGGUGGAAUUUAAAUUUGAUUAAAGAAUCUGGAAUUAAAAGUUAGUCUCAAUAACAGGGACUAUGAAAAGAUCACCAGUUGCUGCAAGAAACUACCUGAUUCACUGAUGUCCUUUAGGGAUUGAAAUCUACCUUACCAGGUCUGGACCUACAUGUGACUUUAAUUUGGUUGAUUCUGAACUGCCCUCUGAAGUGGCUGAUUAAAGCCACCCUGUUCAAAGGGCAAUUAGGGCAACAAAUGCUAACUGUGCCAGCGAUGCCCAAAUCCCAUGAAAGAGUAACAAAAACAAAAGAUGAUAGCUCAGUCCAGAAAAUAUUAGGGAGCACAGGUAACCUUUUCUAAGGUUGAACACAUUGAGGAACAACACCUCUGGGUUAAACAAAUCGGACAAAAUCAACUGGUAAAACAGAAAAACUCAGUCCCCAACAACUCGGAUGCUCUUUUAAGUUCAGCCACAUAUGUUUUAUUAAACAUUUCAAAUAGACAAAAAUAAUCAACUAUUUAAAUAUAUUUGCCAAAUGCACAUUAUUUGAAUAAAAAGGACUGCCACAAAAUAUGUGUA